CAAAUCAAAUUUUUAAGUUUUGAUAUUAAAUAUGCCCAAAAAUGUUUUAAAAAAAGGAGAAAGGUUAAAAAAAAGAAGAAAGAAAGAUAAGCUUUUUACCUACAAGUUGGCAAAAUAGCAAAGCUUUUUUACUUUUCUUUUCUCUUUUUUUAGUCUGAUUUUAAAUGUUCACAUAUAUAUAUGUAUAAGAGAUAAGAUAUGUUUCCUAAUGAAUUGGAACAUAAAAAGGGAUAAAAUAAAAUGAGAUAUAUAUUACGUAACAUUCUGAAAUAGGUGAGAGCAAAUUGAGUCAUGCAGAAGGGGAUGUCGUGGCUUUGGAGCUUUCCGCGCUGGCAUUGCCACUUUCUGAUGCCUUUAUUUCUUUAGUUACAUGCUACGAUUAGAAACAUCGGUUAUAAUUUAUUCAUUUAGCAUAUUAAAAGUAAUAAAGAAGCAUGAACAUAGUUAAUAAAAUCACAAAAAAAGAUCCAUUUGAAUUGGAUCCCACCAUAUACAAUAAAUGUUGUUUCAUCAAAUCGUCACCCAUGUGAAUUCACAUGGAGUAUGUACCAUACUGAAUAUAUAUGUAUGAUACAAUUUAGCGGACAUUGUAUUUAGCUAUAGAUGAUUAUAAAUAGGUACAUGUAUUUCGAAAAGUAUAGGUAAAUGAUUAGUUAGUUGUUAAGAUACGAAUGAUUUGGUAGUUGAUGUUUUUUUGGUGAAAGAAAGAAUAUAUGUCACACGACAUCUAAGAUUCAUACAUAUAUUUUAGAAUUUUGAAGUAGGUAAUGUCGAUUAUACAAAGCCUGAAUAGUAUUCGGUGUCUUCUGCUAAACUUUAGUACCUUUAAACUAUAAUCCAUCAUAGUAUUUCUACCGUCACAACCAAUUAGUAUUCAUCAUUUUCGGGGUCCAUGACCUUAGUCGGAUAAGAUAUUUCGACUAUAAUAUACGAGCAGACAAAUACGUAUGUCGACACGUAAUUAUGAGUAAGAAUAUACAUGGUGGGGAUUGGGGAAAUGGUUGAUUGGUCAAAGAAAAGAUUACAAAUAAAGAGAGCAGAAGAUCCAUCAAGAGUUCAAGACACAUGACAGGUCACAUUCAAAUAUGUAAUUAAAUAGUUUCAUGUAAUUGUAACUUUUCUGACGUGUUGUAAUGGAAUUUGACAUUAACAAAAGUAUAUACAUUAGGAAAUAUAAAGGUGAGAGAUACAAUUUGCCUUAGCUUACAAGAAAUAUUUGGUCACUGGAGGAUACCAGGCUUUUCCGGCAUGUAAAUGAGUUGGCCUUGCUAUGCACUCUUGAUUAUGCUUUGUCAGUUCCACGUAGGUUUUCUUAACUACAAGAAAAUACGUUGAUAUUAAAUCAAAAAAUAAUUAUAUAGUUAACUAUACACUAUGAAAAAAUAUGUUGACAAAAAGAACUAUACACUAUGAAAGAAAGAAAAAAACACUAUACACUAUGUUGACUUUGUCGUAAUCAUAAUAUCGCAUGUAUCUUAGACUUAGAGGGAGGGAAGGAGAAAAAAAAAAGAUGUACAUAUAUAAUUCUUUUUUUUUUUGAACGAAUACAUAUAUAAUUCUUAAAAAGAGAAAAUACAGUGUAUAUUCAAGAUGGCUUUAUUCUAAUAGAUUGUUCUUUGUUCUUUGUUCUUACUUCUUACUCUAUUUGAUCAUUGUUGGACAAUUAAGAAUUGAUAGUUCCAGGCUUCUAGUUCUUUCCAGAUCAGAUUAUUUCAUAAUAAUUUGUAAAUUGUAUAUGAAUAAAUUAACACACUUCCUUUAAACACAUGUUUACACUCCUAAAAUACCUCUAGUCACACCAAAACCUUCCUAUAACACUUAGAUCCUCACACAUCCUAAGCUUUUUUCUGGAAAGUGACUAAUACGGCAAAACUUUAGAGCAUCCCGAACGUGUAGUAUCUUCCCUAAGAGUACCUAAUAGUUUUAAUAUUAAUUGUUGUAAUAUAAUUUAAUUAAUAAUUAAACUGUAAACCAGUUACAAAAAAUAAUAAUAAUUAAACUGUAAAUCACAAAAAUACAGGAAGCCAAUCACAAAGUUACACAUGUGACUAGAGUAUCUAACUUUUUUUUGAGGUUCUCAAAUAAUUUUUUUUGAAAAAUGUUCUCAACUAAGUUUAAACAUAAAAUCACGUAAAAACAAAAGUCAACAUUUAGUAUAAAUAAAAUCCAGCACAUACUAUGUCAUCACAUACCAUGUAACGUAAGAGUCCACACUAAAAAUUAAAACCACGCAUGUUAUUCAAUAUGUUCUUUCCUAUAUCUUACAAAUUAGUAUCAUUUUUUUUUCUUUUCUUUUGAACUGAAGUAUCAUUUUCUUCAUUAUGAUCUUUUGAAAUUAUAUUCCAUUUCGUAAAAUAUAUAAAACCAUAUAUAACCCGUAAAUAUUUUGAAUUUUGAUGAAGUUAUACAUAGUCAAUUAUUCUGUUUUUAUAUUUAAAUAAUAAAUAGAAAAGGAAAAAUCUAAACAAGUAAGGAAGAAAAAAAUAAGGUCCACUGAUAAUAAAUGGUAAUAAAACUAAAUACAGAGGUCAAUAUUAAGAAUUAUAUGGAAAAAUAAUAAUCUUUAAAACUAAUUUUGUUUUUUUCCCUUGAAUUUAUUUGUUACCUUCUUUCACAGUUUCAUAUUUAUUCAGAGGUUUCAUUUUAUCUCCUACUCCAUUUUUCAUCUAUCUCUGUAAAAAUCAGAAAUCAUUUCUUAAAAGUUUUUUUUGUUCACUAAUAUUUACUUCUCUGGUGAGAAGAAAAUGUCCUCAAGAGUUAAUUCUAAUUACCAGAGCUUUCUCGCACAUACUUCACCUCUUGUCCCUGUUCAUUAUCAUUCGCAGGUAACUGGAGCGUCAUCUUCUUCAACGGUAGCUUCAGGAGCUGAAGCAAAAGAAGUGAGAAGGCCUCACAUCGUCCUCGGAGAUAUCUGGUCUGCUUAUGAAGAGUUUAGCUGUUAUGGUAAUGAAGUUCCUCUUUCUCUGGAAGGCAUCGACGAAGAUGUUACCUCGUACUAUGCUCCUACACUCUCAGCCAUGCAGAUCUUCACCAUCAAACCCUUCGCUGAUGACGGUGGUUCUUCUUCAAGGUUAGGUUUCUCUUGUCUCUCCCCAGCAUAUUGUGCGAGUUCGUCGAUAGGAGCAAAUGAUAGCUCAAGCUACCUUUAUUUUCAAUACAACGAGCUAGAAUUGCCGCACGAGAGGCACCCACUGACUGCAAAGAUUGAGCUACUGGCUGAGCAGCACAGUGGGUUGCGUAGUCUGACAAGUUCAGAUCUUUCUCCAGAUAGCUGGUUGUCCAUAGCAUGGUACCCCAUCUAUCAAAUUCCAUCAGUGAAAAGCCUGAAGAAGGAGUUAUCUGCUGCGUUUCUAACGUACCAUAAAUUGAAACCAGACUUUCCAGGUACUUUGGUCAUUUGAGAACUAACAUUUAACUUUACAACGCAAUAAGCUCUACUAAAGUAACGUCCCCUAAAACUAUCUUGCACAUAUAGUUCAUGCCCUUUGUUUUUGUUAAGCUGUAUGCUACUUUAGCGAAGGAAGCUAGCUAGAUCCGUAUUAGUGAUAUUUUAUAUGGCAACCACAUUAUAUAACUAAUAGAAUAUGCAGUUUGAUAGAUAUUUUAGCAAUGGUUUGGUGAGAAGAUGGACUUAUUGAGAUUGUUUGAGUUGUAUUAUCUUAAUCAGGAGAAAAAUUAAACGAUCAUGAUUGUGUUUACCUAAUUUUGGUGUUUCUGUUAUAAAGUUGUUAGUCUUAAAAGAUGACUUAAAUCUCGAUGUAGUAGUAAAAGGCCACCAUUCUAGGUCGAAACAGAAAUCAUUUUUAAGGCUUAUAAAUACAGAUCUAAGGGUUUAUAACUUAUUAUUCAUAUCAUUAAUACAGAAAUCUUAAUAUCCGUGUUUGCCUCGAUCUAGUUUCUCUCUAGUUAUCUUGCUUUCUUCCAGUUUAUUUUGUUGGUUAUUCAAAAGCUUUUGGUAUAACAAAUCAACAAGCGUUUGAUUGAUUAAACUAGUUUUUGAUUGUGGUUUCUCAGAAACAUUUGUUGAGGAUGAUAAGAAGGUGAAAGAGAAAGGAAAGUCAAGUAGUGAAGAAGAAGUUGUGUUUCCUCCAUUUGGAGCAGUGACUUACAAGGCCGUUGGUAAGGUGUGGAACAUGCCUUGGACAUCAGAUCAUGAUGAUAGAGAUAGGCAUGAAAAGGCUGCUUCCUCGUGGGUGGAAAAACUCGGCUUCACUCACAGUGAUUACAGGUUCUUUUUCAAAUGGAAGUUCUAUGGCAACCUCCGUCGGUGAUGCGGUGCUGCUGGGAUUUAUAUCUCUCUAUCUCUCUCUGAUCUUGAAGAUGGACCUUAUCUAUAUCUUUCUCUCAGACAAAACUGCAUGUUUUAUACUCUUGAGUUCGAGGUUUUUAUUUGUUUCUUUACAUUUUCAAGAGGAAGCUAUUGGUUAAUAUUUUGGCUAAGCAAAACUCUAUCCGGAUUUAAAUAGAUUCAUCCCAAAACCAUUUCUAAAAUGC